AUGAAAUCAACAACAGACCCGGCCUCUAUGGACCGUAGCGAGCGCCAGCGCGUCGCUCGAGCUUGUAAGCGUUGCAGUACCGCCAAGGUCAAAUGUGACGGCAAGAGCCCUUGUGGGAAAUGUUUGCAGGCCGCGACCGAAUGCAUAUAUGAAGCACACAGAAAGAGACGUGGUCCUCGCCGAUUAUCUGCAGAUCCUCAUCCCAAGCGUCGUCAAUCUGAAUCCGAAUCCCAACAUAACCUCACCUUUGAUACUACCGUCAGUCUUGCUGCGGCCACUAUUGAACCUACGGUCGGCUCCCUCCCCUCUGUCAACGCCGCAACUCCCGACUUCAUGCAACUCGACUUUUUCGACCCGCCCAAGACCAAUGGUCUCGACUGCGAGCAAGACAGCAUGGACUGGUUUUCAGUUGACCUAGAUGUCGGCUUUUGGCCACCUACCCUUGACCUCCAGGCCGAGAAUCAAUUCCUGCAAGACAUCUGUUCUGCCGUACCCCCCGUCUCAAAUGCUUACCAAGACGUCCCUUACACUAGUACAUGUACGGCGCCGACUGCCGGUUCCGACAUCGCCGACCUGCUCAAGAAUACUCAUGCGCCAGUGCUUGACAAGGAUGCGGUCGACGUUCGACAGUACGUUCCCACCUCCAUUGAGGUGGAUGCGCCGUUAUCGUUCCCCAACAUCGAAACAUCCUCACUCCGUCAGGCCGGCUUAGAGGACUUCGCACAUGUCGAUGCUCUCUCUGCUGACAAGCUUGAUGCUGUGCACCAGCUGCUAAACGACGUGCAAACAAAGCCGCACUACCCUCUUUUCGAUAACAUAAACAUGCCGCCCCCUGCGAUUCUUAAUGCAUGGGUUCAACUCUAUUUUGAGUACUUCCAUCCGACGUUUCCCGUUCUCCAUAAAGCAACCUUUGCAUCUCCUGAAACCCAGCCCCUUUUGAUCCUGACGGUCGCUGCGAUCGGUGCACAAUUCUCCAACCUAAGCAAUUCUCUCGCAUGUGCACGUAGUCUUACCGAGCUUGUUAGAAGGAUAUCAUCGCGCGAAUGCGAGUUCCAGAAUAAGCACGGUCGCACUGUCUGGAUGACACAGGUCGUAAUGCUGAACGCUUUAGCUAGGUCGUAUUCCGGGGAGAAACGAGCAUUAGAGGUUUCUGAAAUAUUACAAGCGGUGCCGGUAGCCUUGGCUAGGCGGAAGGGUCUGCUAGAUGAUGUUUUGACGCACGAACGAAUGUCCCAGCUGCAAGCGCCACUCCACCAGACUUGGCGACUAUGGAUAAUGGAAGAGGAAAGACGGAGAACAGGCUUUGCAGUCUGGCUUGUCGACUCUGCCUUUCGUUCUAAUUUCAAUCUCACAACUGUCAUGGAUGCCCGCGAACUUCGAAAUUCCCUUCCUCAGGCUGAGCAAAGAUGGAGUGCAAAUAGUGCUCAAAGCUGGGCGAGCUAUCCACCAGGCCUAGGCUCUGGGCGCACGCAAUAUCUGGCACAGGUCAUUGACAACGACGAAUACAUAUCCACGUGGUUGAAAACAGGGACGCUUGGAAAGUUUGUGUUGUUGCAAGAUCUUAUGGACCGAGUUCGGCCAACAAGGUCGAAUUCCCAGGCUCUGUCCGCACCUUCUUCUGAAGGCGCACACGCAGAACAGGUACUAAAAGACAUCUUGUUACUGUUACAACAAGAACAAGACACCCCAGUUGAAGACCUUCGAGCCUUGACUGCGCAACAAGCGACCUGUCUGGCAGCACUCAUGACAUCCUCUGGCCCUACGAUGGACCUUACAACGGUGGCAUUGAACCAAAUUUACAAUCGUACAACAAACCAAGAACUCUCCCGUAUUGCUCAGGCCUGGAGAGAAGCUCCUUGCCAAGGUCGGGAAGCAGUCGCUCAUGCAGCACAUCUGUUUGAACUUAUCCGGAACAACCACACAACGCAUUUUUCGAUGCCUUCAUACCUCCUCAAUGCUGUCCUGGUUCUCUGGUCUUACUCGUUCCUCUUCGAGAACCCAGAAGUGACGGAUUUUGCGAUUGAGCAGGAUUUACAGACGUCCGUGGCUCUUGGAACGACUACCGUUGGCAGCUUGCAGGUCCAGCAGUGGAUAUCUGAUGCUCGUGGUCGGGUCAAAUUACCAAGUAUCGCCAGUCUGCUGUCCAGGCAGGGCAGGCGGAAGCUUCUUGAGCAUGCUAUGGUCGUCAUGGGAUCUCUCAAGAGCUGGGGCAUUAGCAAGAGCUAUCUGCAGCUUUUGAAGCGCCUUCAAGCUAGCGAAAUUAUUUCUUAG